AUGAUCACACUCUAUGUUGCCAUGAUCGGACUGUCCAUUUUCAGCCUGAUCCAGGCGAGCAUCGGUGCCGUAUUUUACAACAUCAACAUCAUACUUGCCAACCUUUGCAUCCAAGUGGGGGUCACUGCAAUUUAUAGCAUCCUCGUGGCGCAUCGUUUGCUUGCCAUGCGAAGACAGAUGAAGCAGGUCAUGGCCCAAUAUGAUUCUAGCACCUAUGCUACCGUCGUCCUAAUGGUCGUCGAGUCCGACGGGUUAUACUCUGUCUUCGCCAUUAUUUUAAUCGUUGCCUUUGCUCUGCAUUUGAACAGUGUCUCCACUCUAUGCUUCCUGUCCAUCGGCUCUGUACAGGGAAUUGCCCAAUUAUUCAUCAUCCUUCGCGUUGCACGGGGGCGAGGCUCGAGCGGUUACACCCGAAUGGUCAAGCUCAGUUGCCGCAGCACCCACGACCAUAGCAUUCUCAAGGUCGGUAUCGGACACAACAGAAAAAUCAAACGAGGAACGGAUAGCUAG